UUUGUCUUCUCGGCGAUCAAAUCCUUAAAUACUCGAUGAACAACGAUGUAUAUGACAAAUUAUUUGUGUAAGAAGAUGUGUGUGUAAGAGGGUUUCUAUAAGUUUUUAUUUUUCGAUUUUUUGUCAUUUUGAUCCAAAAGUCAGCUGAAAGAGAGCACAGCUACUGUUUUAUCUCUUCUUCUUCUUCUUUCGAUCUUGUUUAUUGUUCCGCAGCCGCGAAAGAAAAUAAAAUUCAGGUCAAUGAAGAGACAAGAAUAGUAACAACCACCAUGAAUGAUCAAAUCCAAAGAUCAAACAAAGAUCACAUCUUCCAAGCCAAGAAAGAAGAUGAUCAUCACAAUCAUCAUCAUCGUCAUCUUCUUCACAAUCCCAUCUCUUACAAAAACCCUAACUCCUCAAGUAGGCACUGGUCAAGCUACAAAAACCCUAGAAUCGUGCGCGUUUCUCGGGCAUUCGGAGGCAAAGACCGGCACAGCAAAGUGUGCACGGUUCGCGGGCUUAGAGAUCGCCGCAUCCGCCUCUCAGUUCCCACUGCGAUUCAGAUCUACGACUUACAAGACCGGCUCGGAUUCAGCCAGCCGAGCAAAGUUGUCGAUUGGCUAAUUGAUGCAACUCAAACCGACAUCGAGAAACUUCCCCCUCUCCCUAUAAUCCCUUCAAUAAUGGAUCAAGAAUCUCUGCCUCCACCACCACCACCACCAUUUCCGAACUUUUUAAGCUCGAAUUACGCCUUCAAAGAACCGAGCAAUGAGGGUUAUGGAGGAUCAUCAUACAUCCCACAAAUUCCACCACAAACCCUAAUUUCUUUGAACAACAUUAGCAACCACAACCAAACCUUGAACUUCCCCAACUUUUCUUACAACAACUUCCAUUGGGAUCCGAUUUCCGGCCAGACCGACGAUCUCCGGCCCCUUGGUGGUGGUGGUGGUGGUGGUGGAGGCUCCGAUUUCUACUUUUGCCCUUCAGCAGCUAUGGCUUCUUUUAUUCCUUCUGCAACUUCUUCUUCUUCUUCAAUGGAGAAUAGUAAUAAUAAUGGUGUCAAUGAAUUCAGACAAAUAAAUCUGCAGAAUCCAGCAGCAGCAGCUCCAUUUUUUCCGACAACGACCCUGAAUUUGAUCAACCCUAAUCCUGUUAAGUCCUUUGCUCAUUACGAAAGCUCCGAGGGCAGAAGACCUCUUGUAAAGGGCAACAAUGGCGAUGGCAAGUCAUGAUUUCGAUCGAGGAGGAUAAUGAUCCAAGUAAGGAAUCUUGAACUUACAUAUUGGGGUGGGUUGGAGGGGGUUAUUAUUUUUGCAAAAAGAAUAUAUAUAUAUAUAUAUGAUUAUUACAGCAAUUCUGGAUAUGUAGUAAUAGUUGAUUGAAUUGAGUUUAUAUAUAUAUAUAUAUAUAUAUGUUAUUGAAAUUUUACACUAUUACAUUAUUUGUGUGUCUAUUUUAAUGUAUGUGAAGU